CGCUGCUCCAUCCGGGUACCCCGCGGCCCGUGACGGUUGUGUUUUCUGGGUGGAAUCUAGGCUACAGUGAGGCCGCGCACAGCAGCGCGAUACCGGGCUCCGGACCUACUGCUCGGGCGGGGCUGGACUGACCUGGAAAAAUGUCUGGAUUUCUAGAAGGCCUGAGAUGCUCCGAGUGCAUUGACUGGGGGGAAAAGCGGAACACUAUUGCUUCCAUUGCUGCUGGUGUCCUAUUUUUUACAGGCUGGUGGAUUAUCAUAGAUGCGGCUGUCAUUUACCCCACGAUGGACGAGUUCAACCACUCAUACCAUGCCUGCGGCGUCAUAGCAACCAUCGCCUUCCUCAUGAUUAAUGCAGUAUCGAAUGGUCAAGUCCGAGGUGAUAGUUACAGCGAAGGUUGCCUGGGUCAAACAGGUGCUCGCAUUUGGCUUUUCAUUGGCUUCAUGUUGGCCUUUGGCUCCCUGAUUGCAUCUAUGUGGAUUCUCUUUGGAGGUUACGUCGCCAAAGAAAAAGCCAUAGUAUACCCUGGAAUUGCUGUGUUUUUCCAGAAUGCCUUCAUCUUUUUUGGAGGACUGGUUUUUAAGUUUGGCCGCACUGAAGACUUAUGGCAGUGAACACUCUGACUCCUGUCAGCAGCCCCCCUCGGAUUUUUUUUACUCCUCACCCCAGCCUUUUGUAAUGCCGUUUUCUAGACUUAUGUCUGCGUGUGGUCUCCAGCUUCAGUUUGUGUAACACUGAAAUCAUGAGAACUCCCGACUUAAGGAACACCCGCCAGAAUCUACUGUGAGAUGCAUUUGGCUGGCUUCCCCAGAGUUGCCAGAAGACAUCUCACACGAGUCACUUUUUCUUUUUUAAGUUUUAUCAUGGCAUAAUUUGUAAAACUGAGAUUAAGUUAGAGAAGAAAUGACGGAUACAGCAUAUACGAAUAUCAUGUCCAAGGCUGACGCUACGCUGGCUGGAGGUUUAACAUGUGCUUAAAUGUGGCCUCUUCUGUGUUGAUGUUCAAUGAAAUAUAAACAUUUUCUCGUUUUGAAAAACUAG